CUAGACAGACCUGCUGACUGGGAAGCGGUAUGGCAGCGACGCUGGGCAGCGGGGAGCGCUGGACUGAAGCUUACAUUGAUGCAGUUAGAAGAAACAAAUACCCAGAAGACAGACAUCCUGAAAGUCAUGACUCCUGUGGUUGCUGUAACUGCAGGAAGGCACAAAAGGAAAAGAAGUCUGAGCAUGAGUGGAAUCAGACCCGACAGGGUGAGGGGAAUGCCACUUAUACUGAGGAGCAGCUGCUUGGAGUACAAAGGAUCAAGAAAUGCAGAAAUUACUAUGAAAUUCUGGGGGUUUCACGAAAUGCCAGUGAUGAAGAGCUUAAGAAAGCUUACCGAAAACUCGCCCUGAAAUUUCAUCCUGACAAGAACUGUGCUCCUGGAGCAACAGAUGCUUUCAAAGCAAUAGGAAAUGCCUUUGCAGUCCUGAGCAAUCCUGACAAGAGACUCCGCUAUGAUGAAUAUGGAGAUGAACAGGUGACUUUCACUACCCCUCGAGCCAGACCUUAUAAUUAUUACAGGGACUUUGAAGCCGACAUCACUCCAGAAGAGCUGUUCAAUGUCUUCUUUGGAGGACAUUUUCCUACAGGAAACAUUCAUAUGUUUUCAAACGUGACAGAUGACUCCCACUAUUACCACCGGCGGCACCGACACGAGAGGAUGCAGACACGGAAGGAAGAGGAAGAAGAUAAGCCUCAGACUACAUAUUCUGCAUUUAUUCAGUUACUUCCAGUUCUGGUGAUUGUGGUUAUAUCUGUGAUUACUCAGCUGCUAGCUGCUAAUCCCCCAUAUAGUUUAUUCUAUAAAUCGACCUUGGGCUACACCAUUUCUAGAGAAACCCAGAACCUACAGGUGCCUUACUUUGUGGAUAAAAACUUUGACAAGGCCUACAGAGGAGCAUCUCUGCGUGACCUGGAGAAGACGAUAGAAAAGGAUUACAUUGAUUACAUCCAGACAAGUUGUUGGAAGGAGAAACAACAAAAGUCGGAGUUGACCAAUUUGGCAGGAUUAUACAGAGAUGAACGAUUGAAACAGAAGGCAGAGUCGCUGAAACUUGAAAACUGUGAAAAACUUUCCAAACUGAUUGGCCUACGCAGAGGUGGCUGAGAGGAUGGUAGUCCUAUGCAGGCUCGGGGUUUUGCUAUGUGUUACUGUUUAUGUUCCUAAUUCCAUUGUAUAAUACAAAAUUAGGAAAUG